GAUAGAUUGCGGAGGGGGAGCGUCAUCGUGACGUCACGACGGGCUGUCGGGAGACUACGACUCCCGGCAUGCCGUGCGCGGCCAGGAAGGAACAUGGUGACUGCUGCUGCUGAGAGUCUGUAGUGUGCAGCACUGAGCACUGUGCAGGGACAAUGAAGCUGUACUGUCUGUCGGGACACCCCACUCUGCCAUGCAACAUUCUCAAGUUCAAGUCCACAACUCUUAUGCUGGACUGCGGCUUAGACAUGACGUCCGUGCUGAGCUUCCUGCCGCUGCCUCUCGUCCACAGCACCCGCUUGUCCAAGUUGCCCGGCUGGGUCUUAAAAGAUGGAAACACCCAGUUUGAGAAGGAGCUGAAGGAAUGUUCCGGCCGGGUGUUUGUAGACUCGGUGCCAGAAUUCUGUCUUCCAGAAACGCAGCUCAUAGAUCUGUCUACUGUAGAUGUGAUCCUAAUCUCUAACUAUCACUGUAUGAUGGCACUGCCAUACAUCACCGAGCACACUGGAUUUACCGGCACAGUCUACGCCACCGAGCCCACAGUGCAGAUUGGCAGGCUGCUGAUGGAAGAACUGGUUAAUUUCAUUGAACGCGUUCCGAAGGCGCAGUCUGCCACCAUGUGGAAGCACAAGGAAGUGCAGAGGCAGCUGCCAGCCCCUCUGAAGGACGCCAUUGAGGUGUACACGUGGAGGAAGUGUUACACCAUGCAGGAGGUGAAUGCCGCUCUCAGCAAGAUCCAGCUCGUGGGCUAUUCCCAGAAGAUUGAGCUGUUCGGCGCCGUGCAGGUAACUCCGCUGAGCUCUGGGUAUGCCCUGGGCAGCUCCAACUGGAUCAUCCAGUCUCACUAUGAAAAGGUCUCUUACGUUUCUGGCUCCUCUCUACUAACCACACACCCACAGCCAAUGGAUCAAACGGCACUUAAGAACAGCGACGUCCUGAUUCUCACUGGUCUCACCCAGAUUCCCACCGCUAACCCUGACGGAAUGGUGGGCGAGUUCUGCAGCAAUCUAGCAAUGACCAUACGUAACGGAGGUAACGUGCUGGUGCCGUGUUACCCCUCUGGGGUAAUCUAUGACCUUCUGGAGUGUCUGUAUCAGUACAUCGACUCGGCAGGACUCAGCAAUGUCCCCUUCUAUUUCAUCUCCCCGGUGGCCAACAGCUCCCUGGAGUUCUCACAGAUCUUUGCAGAGUGGCUUUGUCACAACAAGCAGACAAAAGUCUAUCUCCCGGAGCCCCCGUUCCCUCAUGCAGAGCUGAUCCAGACCAACAAGCUGAAGCAUUAUCCCAGCAUCCAUGGAGACUUCAGCAAUGACUUCAAGCAGCCGUGCGUGGUGUUCACUGGCCACCCGACCCUGCGCUUUGGGGACGUGGUCCAUUUCAUGGAGCUGUGGGGCAAGUCAAGUUUGAACACCAUUAUAUUCACGGAACCCGACUUCUCCUACCUGGAUGCCUUGGCGCCAUACCAGCCGCUGGCUAUGAAAUGCGUUUACUGUCCGAUCGACACCCGCCUUAAUUUCAUCCAGGUGACCAAGCUGCUGAAAGAGGUGCAGCCUCUGCACGUGGUGUGUCCGGAGCAGUACACGCAGCCCCCAGCAUCCCAGGCUCACCGAUCCGAUCUGAUGAUAGACUGCCAGCCGCCCCCCAUGUCUUACCGACGGGCCGAAGUGCUGACCCUGCCCUUCAAGAGGCGCUACGAGAAGAUUGAGAUCAUGCCCGAGCUGGCAGAGUCUCUGGUGCCGCUCGAAAUAAAACCAGGCGUUUCCCUGGCGACCGUGUCUGCCGUUCUCUACACUAAGGAUAAUAAACACAUUCUGCAGCCUCCUCCUAAGAUUGCGCCCCCUCAGACCAGCAAGAAGAGGAAGCGCGCGGCGGAGGGGAGCCCCGAGACCCAGCCCUUCAAGCCCCUGCUGAGCGGCUCUAUCCCCAUGGAUCAGUUUGUGCAGGCACUGGAGAAGCAUGGAUUCAGCGACUUGAAGAUUGAGGAUACCGCCAAGGGUCACAUUGUACAUCUGCAAGAGGCGGACACGCUUAUCCAGUUUGAAGAAGACUCCACCCACAUAAUCUGCGAGCACGAUGAGCGGCUGAGAGUGCGGCUCCGAGACAUGGUCCUGAAAUUCCUACAGAAGUUUUAGAUUUAGCAAUCGGGGCGUCUUGGCCUAGGAAAGGAGGAUUGCAGCGUACCAGAUUCCAACUUCAGGCGUUCGCCAGCAGAGGGCGCUGGAAACAAGAACUGCCCGUGGUUAUCCUGCUGCAAACUGAUAACCAGUGGUCUUGGUGCUGCCACCUGGCCUGUACGAAGGACUCUGAGCCUUUGUAAAUCUGCGCACGUGUACAGAGCCAUAAUUACAUGCCACAUUUUUAUAUUGUCAGGCUGUCCAUAGUGUUUUAUAUUUAUUCAUCUCCCUCAAUUGCUAAUAAGAAUAACUUUGUUAUAUUUUCUUACUGCCUAAUGAUUGAAAACAAUCUGUAAAUGUAUUGACCUCUGUAAUAAUAAGGGCCUUCUGCCUUUUUCCGUGCAGCAACAUUGUUUCAAUAAUUUAAAGAAUGUAAUCUUAGUAAUUACUGUUCAGUAAAUCUGUAUGGGUAGGAAUGAGAGAGCUGGGACUAUGACUAUCAAACAAUUCAUACAUAUCAUCUGCACUCUCCAGAUCACAAGUAGAUAGGAUACAAACUUACUACCGGUAUAAAAAAUAUGUAUAUAAUGAAGGUAAGCUGAUUUGCUUUGUUAUCACUGUGGGGUUGGGGGGGGGCGGGGGUGGAAUUAAUGUGGCUAAAACAGUGGUUCCCAAACUUUUUUGAAUCCCGACGCCCUAGUGUAUCAGAAUUUUACACCCCUAGGCCAAAAGUUUCUUAUUGAGAAAAUCAUAUAAAAAUAUUAUAUGUCAUCCUUAGGUUAGUUCAGUGGUGACGGGCAGGAUUCACUUCUGUUUAUCCUUAUAUUUUAUUUUGGAAGUCACCAGCACUGGUUUUGUCUAUUGCAUUGAAUAUAAAUAAUUUGGAUUGGGCCGGGACUGCCAACCCAGGACACCCCUGCAAAGGCCACAAUUUGGGAACUUCUGGGGCUUAAAGGCCACUUCAAUUAACGUAUUUUUCACACUGCUUUUAACAGUCAGACUUUGCUGGCACAAGUUGUGCAGGAGUUACAGUAACACCUUGCACAGAUCUUCUUAAAGUAGCUCAUUAUAUAGAAUGUGCAUAUACUGAAGUGGGAGGAUAUUGGAUGGCAGCCCAACCGUUUAUCAUGGCCGACUCCUGCUCCACCAAACAAAAAAAACUAAAUGAAUUGCCUGAGCCGGGAGGCGGGGAUAUAGGGGGCUGGCCCAGUGCAUCCCGGGAGUCUGAAAAGCUUAGCUUUUUGGUGCCCAAUCUGCGGUCGCUUCAUCAUAUCUCAAGGUUGAUCCUGUGGAUCACUGUGGACCCUGAUAGAGAAACAUAAAAUGCAUUGUUUCAGAAAACUAUGGGGCUUAUUCAAUUGGCUAUCGUACUUACCAGAGGCUAGACCCUCCUGAGGUGCUAACAGAAUUCUGCGGUAAGUAGGGCCUUUUGUCCUUACAGCGGCCUCUGCAAGUGCGCUGUCCCACAUCUCCAGGCAGUUAGCCCAGAAUCUGUGGGUAAACGCACCUUAGCUCGCGCGCUUCCAGUUGGAGGAAAUGGGCGUAAAAUUGAAUAGCUACAGAUGCUAAACCUGAAGGCUAUCGGGUUACUAUUCCCAAUAGAUGUCCACGUGGAUAGUAAAUCGACUGUUUGUGUGUCAACCACUGACCUGUUGACCUUUCACCUGUUGAUAUUUUGUACCAUAUGGUGUUGACCUAUUGACCUAGACAUUGCCGAUCUAUCAUCCAGAUACCAGUCUGUUUCCAUCAGAAAGUCAGCGGUGAAGCAGAGCCUUAAUUUGCCCCUGUUUAGGGCAUAAAACCAAUUUAACAUCUAAAGUGUAAAGGGGUUUAUUGAGGCUACCUCUCCCUCCCCUCGCUGUUGCUCUCCGCAUUUAUGUACGUUUGCGCUGAGAGUCGCUUUUCCCUGCUAGAUAAAUAGAAUCUGCGUUCCUAGUAAUAAAUAGAUUCUGAGUGAGUCGGCCGUUUGGACAACCACAGUCGGAGCGUCCGGGGAUAAUGUGCAUUUCACUCCCUGGAGAUGGAUUAAUUGCUUUUAUUUUUUUAUAAGUUGCAUGAUUAUAAUUUUAUAUUGCUUUAAUACCACUGGGGUUGUGUGCGUUUCUCAACUUCAAGUGUACAAAGAUCAAUAAGAAUCCUCACGGCACCUCUUACAUGUAACGCGCCAACCACGCAGCUUCAUGGGCUGAACAAGCCUGCUAUCGUUUUCUCCAAGAUGUGUGGAUUGGAGUGGCUUUCAGUUUACAAGUGCAAAAUAGUAAAUGUAUAAAAUAUAUAUAUGUAUGGAGAUAUAUACACUGCUCAAAAAAAUAAAGGGAACACUUAAACAACACAAUGUAACUCCAAGUCAAUCACACUUCUGUGAAAUCAAACUGUCCACUUAGGAAGCAACACUGAUUGACAAUCAAUUUCACAUGCUGUUGUGCAAAUGGAAUAGACAACAGGUGGGAAUUAUAGGCAAUUAGCAAGACACCCCCAAUAAAGGAUUUGUUCUGCAGGUGGUGACCACAGACCACUUCUCAGCUCCUAUGCUUUCUGGCUGAUGUUUUGGUCACUUUUGAAAGCUGGCGGUGCUUUCACUCUAGUGGUAGCAUGAGACGGAGUCUUCAACCCACACAGGUGGCUCAGGUAGUGCAGCUCAUCCAGGAUGGCACAUCAAUGCGAGCUAUGGCAAGAAGGUUUGCUGUGUCUGUCAGCGUAGUGCCCAGAGCAUGGAGGCACUACCAGGAGACAGGCCAGUACAUCAGGAGACGUGGAGGAGGCCGUAGGAGGACAACAACCCAGCAGCAGGACCGCUACCUCCGCCUUUGUGCAAGGAGGAACAGGAGGAGCACUGCCAGAGCCCUGCAAAAUGACCUCCAGCAAGCCACAAAUGUGCAUGUGUCUACUCAAACGAUCAGAAACAGACUCCAUGAGGGUGGUAUGAGCGCACGAUGUGGACUGGCCCGCCCGUUCCCCAGACUUGAAUCCACUUGAGCACAUCUGGGACAUCAUGUCUCGCUCCAUCCACCAACGCCACAUUGCACCACAGACUGUCCAGGAGUUGGCGGAUGCUUUAGUCCAGGUCUGGGAGGAGAUCCCUCAGGAGACCAUCCGCCACCUCAUCAGUAGCAUGCCCAGGCGUUGUAGGGAGGUCAUACAGGCACGUGGAGGCCGCACACACUACUGAGCCUCAUUUUGACUUGUUUUAAGGACAUUAGAUCAAAGUUGGAUCAGCCUGUAGUGUGUUUUUCCACUUUAAUUUUGAGUGUGACUCCAAAUCCAGACCUCCAUGGGUUAAUAAAUUUGAUUUCCAUUGAUAA